AUGCCGCACAACCAGAAGAUGAUGAUGAGACUUGCUGCCAUUGCUGUCAUUUUGUCAGUGAUGAUCACGGAGACGAAUGGACAAAACAGGUUUGUUCAAUGCUGCACAAGUGUCUCCACCAAGGAAAUCACAUUGCCUAUAACCGGAUUCAAAUUACAGAUCAGAAAUCCUCCUUGCCUCAAAGCAAUCAUUUUCUUCACAACUGAGGGCCCGAGAUGCAGCCACUGGAAGGAGAGCUGGGUGAAGGAAAAAAUCCAGGAGCUCAAAAGAUUUCAAGCAUGGGAUGAGAAGAUGAACAGCACUGACUCCACACCUCUAUCAACAACCACUAUUUAAAAACACUUUGUACAUGCUUAUAGUUGGCAACAUAUUUGAAUUAAUUUAAAUAUAGCUGAGUUUUUGUGCAAUGUAAUUAAUUUAAAUGUAUUUA